AUGAGCCUUUUCCAUCUGCUCUUCCAAUUAGCCAAAAGGACUGUCGGGCACAGGAGUCGUCUGGGGGAAGGGGGAGAGACAGUGCCGAGGGAAAUUGUUUUUAGAGAAGGAAGAGAAAAUGGCAGGACAUGUUUAUACUGGGCCCUGGGGGAGCUUGCAUACAGACAGCCACUGAGCUGGUCCAAGGCUCAUUUAUUCAUUGCCCUUAACUACCCCGCCCACGACCGUGAGCAGCCCUUCACCUUCCAGCUCGGUGUGGGACAGGUCAUCAAAGGAUGGGACCAGGGCUUGGAGAACAUGUGCGUCGGCGAGAAGAGGAAGCUGACCAUUCCUCCAGAGCUGGCCUAUGGUGACAGGGGAGCAGGAAACGUCAUCCCAGGAGGUGCUACACUGACAUUCGAAGUCGAACUGAUCAACAUCGGCGACCAGGCGCCAACCACUAACGUCUUCAAGGAGAUUGACGCCGACGCUGACAAGAUGCUCUCACGUGAGGAAGUUAGCGAGUACCUAAAGAAGCAGAUGGUGGCCGCCAGUGAAGGAGGGGAGGCCUCGGAAGAAGUGAAGCAGAUGCUGGAGGAACACGACAAACUCGUCGAAGAGAUCUUCCAACACGAAGACAAAGACAAGAAUGGGUUCAUCUCCCACGAAGAGUUCUCUGGACCGAAGCAUGACGAACUCUAA